GGUCUUGGCCUAGGUCAUUCAUUGCAGGCCUCCCAUGGUUCCCUGAGUAGAGGGUCCAUGACCACCAUACCAUCUGUCAACUAUGGAUUAAGUAUGCCUCUCCUUGACACUGUUCAGCUAACAUCUGGAAUAACAGCCCAGCAAAGUCACAAGGCCAUGUCCUUGGGUCAGGGUCAGUUGGUCUUUGACCCCCAAGUGCGCGUGACAGCUGAACAACAGUCUCCAACGUUUGGUCGUUUUGAUGGCUCUAAAAGUUUAAGGACUGAUGCAAUGACUAGAAAUCAGCUGUUAGAAGCAGCAAGAAUGUGGGGUUCAUCAACAAGUUUGUACAAUCAGUUUGGUUCAAUAUUGUCUGAUGUAUCAGGACCAACCAUGGCAUCGUUGUCAUCAUCACCAAGUCCUGGUAGCGGAGGUAACAUCUCUAAAGCCAACCAACUACAAAUGCAUGAUCCCCCACCCGCCCACAGUUCAAAUACUACCAGACUAUUGCAGAGAAACCCUCACUCCACAGAUCUCAUCUAUGGGAGAAGUCAAGAAUCACUGAUCCCAUCUAGUUUGGCUCCCAUCUCUCUUUACAGCUCCAAUAGUCUUGGCAAACAAAGUUUGGCCAACAGUCAACAGCAGUCUCUUCACAGACAGACACCUGUCCAUAUACAGCAGUCUUAUUCAUCCCAGAGUGAUAUAGAAGAUUUGUCUUCAAAUUCACAAAACCAGAUCUAUGGUUCAUAUGCAAAUCUUUCAGUUAGUGACUCUCAAGAUUUUUCAGCACAGUUGUCGGGAGACAUCAGUUAUGAAGCUGUGAGCCCAGCUGCCCCAAUAAGUGAGAACUCUCAGGUGAACCAAGAACAUACUUCUUUCUCGAUGGUCCAGUUUCCUGAUCUUGCUAAUCUGACAUCUGAGCAUGCUCACACAUUAGCAGACAAAUUCCAGGAGAACGAUUUCCGUCUCAAGAUGGACUCGAGUAGAGUUCAACAGCAGCAUCAGGACAUGUUGUCCUCACCACACUCAGGACAACGCCAAGAUAUGGGGGGCACUUUGAAAAUUCCCAAAGACAUGUCAAACUUGCACUUACUGUCAAUGCAGAUGAACCAACGUAGUAACCAGUACCAACCAGGACUGAUGAUGGGGCAGAGUAUGAGUAUAUCACAGAACCAGGGGGCCACCAUGAACAUCAACCACCCGGCUACCCUCGGCCAGGUCUCCCAGCACAACUCAAUGACGACGUCUUCUAUGCAGCAAUCUCCUGCUCCUAUCCCCAUACAAGCACUUGCUGACUCCACUACCAAACCAAAGAGGUCUAGAAAUAGAAAGAAGAAAGAGACCAACCCACCACAAGCUGGCAGUCCAGUGAAUGACAUCAUUAAGAAAUCCAGUACACAAGCUCCAACCCAAAUGUCCCAUCACUCAUCCCAUAUUCUCAACAUGCCUCCUACCUCUCCUCACAUUUCCACUCUGUCCUUGGGGUCCCACGGAAACCAAGGCAACCAGAUGCAGCAGCAGCAGAUCUACAGGAAUUCGGCAGGCAACCAAUAUACCUCGAGGGAUGCCCAGCGUGCUCAAACUCCUUCGAUGCCUCAGAACUAUUCUCUUCAGGAUCAUCAGAAUCACGGAUACCCUCCUGCUCCAAGCCCCAAGAUGUCCGUGACACCUAAUCAAAAUUUGAUGAGGUCUCAGAAUGAAUUUGUUUUGCCUACCAGAGUUGUUAACGACAAAUCAUCCUCGUCCAGUUACAAACAUCAACAGCAAAGAAAGUCAUUAGAGGCCAGUCCUAAAAGCAACACCUGUUCUAGCAAUCAGGUCUACAGAUCAAACAUUCCAGAAAACCAACAGCACAUGCAGAGCUUUGGUGGGCACCCUGGCAUGAUGACUGGCAGUGGGCAGCAGAGAGGAUCACCUAUGCAAGACAGCCGUUCAAGUUUGAGCAGAAUGCAAAGCUUUGCAGAUCAAUCUCCCCACCAGAAACUGUCUAGUCAGAUGUCUCCUCUUGGGCAGCCGUCUCCUCAAGGAAACGACAAUGGCAAUUAUAACAAUAGUAAGAUGGGCAGCUCUGGCCAUAUGAUGGGUUCUGGCAUGAUUGGUUCUCAGUCCAUCAGCAUUUCUCAUUCACCUAUGGACUCUCGGCCUGUUAGCGUUGAGCCAUCUGGUUUGUCUCAUGGCUAUGACCAGGGGCACCCACCUGGGUUAAUAGAUACGCAAGAUCCAAGUCAGUUCCAUCUGGACUUCUCUGGACCACCAUUUCUAGAACAGUUGGUAGGUUCGCCAACAUCCAUGGCGGUCCCCUCGACCAGCUAUGGUCAUUCAACUGGAGAAAAUGGUGAAGUAGUUUUUACAACACUGGUCACACCUGCCGAGAGUGCCAGAAUGCAACAACAGCAGCAUGACUCCAGUAAUGAUAGCAGCUUUAGACCUACCUACCACGGGGAAGCUGUCCAUGAAAUUCGGCCUAUAGCCAUUGGGAAUUCUCUUGCAAUGGAGGAAGUGUCGUUCAACGCUUUCUUUGACAAUCAGAGAGACUUGGAUCAUGAUGGAGCUCUGGGCAUGCAUCAACAAAACGACCAUCACUCACAAGGCACACCAGAGUCUGAAAAAAUGAGCCUGACAUUUGUGCCACAUGUCACUGACGAUGAUGAGCUAAGCCACUUCAGUCAGCCAGGCACAUUUCUAUCUGUGAUCAUGAUAAAGAAAGAAACUCUAGAUGAUUCAGCCCCUAAACCCCCCUCAAAAGAUUCUUUCCAGGACUCAUUUUUGAACUAUCUUCAGGGUCAUAAACAGGAAACUCUUUCAAGUGUUUCCUCAUCAGCUGUAACUAAAAAACCUCAGCUGCCCAAGUACAUCCCAGAACCAAGGCGGCCUAAGCCCACCCCUGCACCUAAAGAGAACUUGAACUACUCUGACACAGAUGAUGGAAUGAGUGGCAAAAUGAGAGACUAUAGUGAUAAUGAUUCCUCUCAUAAAAGUGAGAGUGAUAAAGAAGGCUAUUCAGUUCAAAGGACAAGUGAGCUGGCCGUCAAAAUAACACUGCCAAAGAGUAAGAAAAGAAGUAGAUUUGGGCCAUUUGCCGAGUCCUCACUACUGAAAGACAGCAUGCGAAGAAACAGGGAGGGAAUGUUGAAGCGUAAGAGAAGAAAAAGUAAGCACAGAGAGCCAGAAGGUGCAGAUCUGUGGCCAGGCAAUGGUUCAGAAGAUGACACAUCUCAAAGGCAACCAUUGGAAGUACGAGAACCAACCCCACCACCUGUUAGGACAUCCAUAGGAAGAAAAGCUAAGGAGAAAUGUAUAGAAAAGACUAAAAAACAUAGUAAGUCUGGAGUGUGGUCUUGAAUUAAUUAUUUUAAAGAACCAGUUGAAGGCAGAACUUGGCAUCUGUGUUUAAAUAACAUGUUUCAGAAAAGAUAUUUCUCAAUUUAUAGACAGUAAAUAUUCAUCUUGAGCCCAUCCUUAUUUCUCUUUCAAAUUAAAUAACAAACUUAAACAAUGUCCCACUUAUUGGCAUGUCAUGGCACUUACCAUAGUCAAGUUCCUUCAUAAAAAUUAGGUGUCGUGUGGAAAGUAUCUUAUAGUCUUUAUCCAAGUCAUGAAUUUAUAAUCUAUUUCAAAUAAGGUUAUUAAUUUAUAGCAUUUCAAGAUUCCAUAGACAUCUCUUAAGUUUAUCAAGUAAAGAAAUUGUCUCCAAUUUCAUGCUAGUAUUUUAACAAAACACUUGUUCUGUUUUUCUUGCCCUCACCAGCACUUCUAUUUACAAUUAUAGCAUUUAAUUGUUUUAGUCUUUGACUCUAUUGUUGCAGAGCAGCCCCCGGGUACUGAAAGCAGUACAGAGGAAGAAAUAGUGCCUUUCAAGAGUAAAGGAGGAUUCAAGAGUGAUGAUUCUGAUAAGAAUUAUGACUCUGACAAAGAUCCAAUUUGGAUGCCAUUUGAAGUAGUAAGGAUAGUGUUGUCAAAAGAGUUAACUUGUAUUCAGACAUUUGAACAAACAAAAAAAAUGCUUUAUAGAAAAUGGGGUUUUUAUUAACAUUUUUGUCCAAUCGUAUUUCUCAUUUUGAGAAACUUGGUCUCAAUAACUUUCAAUUUAAAUAAUAUCACAACUUGUUCCCAAUAAUGAAUUUAUUUAAUGAAACUGCUGUGUCUUUCUUUUUCAUAAUUUUCCUAAGAAAAUAAAACCCAUAUUAUUCUAAAAGUUAUGUUUUUAAAACAAUAUAAUCACCUGUAUAUUUGAAAUAAACUAACCUCUGAGGGGGUUCAAGGUAAAUUGCAGAAACUGCAUGUCCUUAAUAUAUUUAAUUCCAAUCAUUAAGACAAAAGAAAUUCAUAGGCCUAUCAAGUCACAGCUGGUGUCCUCUCAUUAGCCUUACUAAAUGGAUGCAGAUAAUUUUGUAAUUUCAACAGCUGUGGUUUAAAGCAAUAGAUUAGGCAAAUGUUUAUUCAGAUGUUUAAAUCUGUUCAAUUUUUGUUUAUUACUAGGAUUUGAAGCAAGGUCAUGAAUUUGAUGAGAAAAGGAAGAAGACCAGGUGAGUUUAUUUUUGUCAUUAUUUUUUCUCAACCCAAAAGUGUUAAGUUAGAAAUAUUUUUUUUGGUUUGUAUUUUCUUCAUUGCAGGCGUCCACGUAUGCGAAUGGCUAGCACGAAGUCAUCAAAGUCAUCUACCCAUCGUGCUUCCCACUCUGGCCUACCACCUGCAUACACAUCUGUGGCGGGCACCCCCAUGAUGGUUCACCCUCAUAAAGCAGGCAGCCCAUCUGCUGUGACUGAAACAGCUGUUGUAGACAGUGAGUUCAAGGUAAAUUGAUUUAUCAUUUUAAAUCACUACUCACAUUAGAGUUAUAAGAAGCAUACAUAUUGACACCCGAAGAAAAAAAAAAACUGGAUACUCUAAGGAAACCCAAGACCCACAGCCAAUGGGCACUCUCUACAAUCAACCCCUUCAGUACUUGCAUAUGCUGAUGACAUAGCACUGUUAGGGGAAAAAUAGUAAAGACAUAACAAAAGCCUUUAUUGAAUUAGAAGAUGCAGCACUACAAGCAGGGCUGAAAGUCAACAACCAAAAAAAAAUACAUCAUUACGAUAAGAGAAGAACAGGUGGAUGAAGCCAUUAAAAUUAGAACCCAGGCUGUUGGAAAAGUAAAUCAAUUCAAAUACCUAGGAUCUGUAUUAAAUGAAAGCAAACAAAAUACUAACAGAAAUAAAUUAUUGAAUAUCGACUGGAAACAGGGCAUACUUCAGUAGUCAGAUUAUACUCAAAAGUAAAAAUAUAACAAGAAAACAAUUUAUAAAACUGUCAUUAGACCAGUUGUAACGUAAGCAAGUGAAAUUUGGACCCUAACAAAAAUGGCAGAAAACUUAUUAAACACAUGGGAAAGAAAAUUUCUCCGGAAAAUUUAUGGACCAACAAAGAAUGAAUAUGGAUGGUGAAUAUGAACCAACCAGGAAUUGUAGUCUUUUUUCAAGAUCUCACGCUAGUAGCAGAAACAAAAAAGGGGCAGACUACGCUGGGUAGGACACUUAAAAAGAAUGACAGAGAAGUGAACAAUUCAUAUUGCUUAUUCACCAGAUAGCUUUAGUUCUGUUUCAUUUUUUUUUUUUAUUUCUGUAACAAAAGUACUGUGUAUAUAAAUAGAAAAUGUCCAUAAAAUAGCUAACUGAUUUUCAUAUUCUCAGGUGGGCAUGUAUGUGAUUGAAAAGAAGGAUUUACAGAACUAUGAAUCUUACCCAAUAUGGAAGUUGGAACAAGGGAACAUGAUAAGAAAAUUUGAAAUCAAAAUUCAGGAUGGAAAAAUCCAACAUGUUGCUGUAGGGACGGUAUGUUUUUUAACUGCAUCCCUGGUAUUUAAACAACAAAAAAAAAAGUAAUUUUAAAUAAAUAUUAUGUCCACCUUUACCAGUAGAAGCAGUACAAAAAGUUUUUAGUAAAAUAUAAAGUUCGUAAACAUUAUAUUACUGACUUACAAAUAUGAAAUAGCUUUAAAAUACUAACCAAUUAAUAGCAAAUAACCACCCUUUCCACACACCCCCCCUCCUCACCAGUGUGUUAUUGUUGUUUUUUAAAUAGCAACAUGUUUAUAAUUAAGAGUGAGGUGUAUCAUUAAAAGUAAAAUGAUAUAUAUAAAGACUAAUUUCAAAUAUAUACUGCCUGCAAACCCUGUAGAAAUUUAAAAUCAGGCCUUCUUGUUUUCAUAUAAAUAGACAGUCCUAAAAUUUAAAUAUAUGUAUGAUCUCUUCAUUAUCCUGUAUGUUUUACUUAUUCCAGUUUUCUACCUGGAUGCAGUCUAUGGAGAGCCAGUUUGAACUGAUCCAGGUGCGAGAAGUUUUUGCUAAAAGUAAAAGUGACCCCAAAACUGUGGAAGUCUUGGAAGAAUGCCGACCCAAACUACCUAGUGAUGGAAGGUAUGUAUAUUUGUUUUACUGGCUUGUCACAAGUGGUGCUGAUUUAUUUUAGCUCACUCAGACCUCACAGAGAUGGAAGUUAGAUUUUUUUUAAUGUCAAUAUGUUGAGAUGUGGAGAGGUUUGCAUUACUAUUUCUUUUUUCCAAUAUUUUAGAAAUAUGGGAGAUUAAUCUUUACAUUCCUUGAAUUUUGCAUGUUUUUCAUGAGAUUUCUAGUGACCUUAAAAAUGAGUCAGUAACUUUUAAAAUCCUUGUCUAAAAUUCAUGAUGUUAUAUGUAUUAUUGUGGGGAAAUGCAUAAGGUUUCUAAAAAUAUUUGUUUUCAAACACAUAGUGUCAGUACUUAGAAGUUAUGAAAAAAAAAAAUUCACUUUUUUUUUAAUGAAAAUGUGUUUUAAAAAAAUUGGCGAUCACAUACAAAGAAGGAAAAAAACAAACCACAUGAAAUUAUUUAAUAAAAUCUGUUUAUUUAGAAAGCAAAUUCAUUUUCUUAUAUUAUAUGCAUGAUUUAGAACAUUUCAUGAGAAUUUGACCCAAAUAUAAAUUUUUUUGUUAAAUGUGUCAAAAAUGGGAAAUAAUUUUUAAAAAAUAAAAAUCACCAUCCCCCACCAAGUAUUCAUAAAAAUUACAGGUUAUUAUUAUUUUACCUUUUAAAAAUUACUUCAAGAUUUUAAAAUAUCAUAGGGAUUUUAAACUUCAUGGUACUAUUAGUCAGAAAGUUUCUUGUUUUUUAACAAAGAUAAAUUUACCAUGCGCUAUAUUUGAUUUAUAAUUUUAUUGUCUUAGCAUUCCUAAUUUAUAACACUAGCACACUGACAAUUGCUUUUAAAAUCUAUACAAUCAGGAAUUAUUGCAUUUAGAUUGUAAAUGGUGUUAUUUACAUUUGCAGCACUUGGAACUGCAUCACUUUUAGUAAAUUAUCAAAUGCUAAAAUAAUUUCCUCGGUGAAGUCAGUUGAGAAUAAAAUGUCAGGUAGCUUCAGUUCAUCUAUAUCAUAGUUUUCUUUUGAACAAUCCUGAAGAGAUUAUAGCUGGCAUUAUCAAUAAAAUGGAAAAAGGGAUUGAUAUAUUCAUUUAUCAACUGGUCAACACCACACAGGUCACAGGAAUGAAUUGUAUGAUUUCAAAAUCUGAUUUGACAAUAUUUGGUUUUCUCCCCAAUAAUUGCGUAGAAAGACACAAAUCAGUUUUGGUUUUGUUCACAAAAGAAAAUCCAUUUGCUGUCAUACUAUUUGAAAUAAGUGAGGCUUUUCUCUCCACUGAACAUAGUAAAAAUUAUAUUAUCUCUUAUCCAUCACAUCAUAUCACAUUGCUUUGGUUUUUAUCUUUAUUUACUUCUGAUAAAGUCUGACAAGUUCACUUUGCACAGUUUGUCCUCAUUGUUUGUUUCAAUAUUCUGUUUUUGGGAAUACGGCAUAAGCCCACAAUUCAUGGUAGUAGUGAAACAUUGUUGCGGUUGACGAGUAUUUUUGUACACUGAGGACUUGUACAGUUGACAUCCACAUUAGUAGUCCAAGAAAUGUGUAAAAGUGGUAUGUUGUUGAGAUAUCAACAAACCACAGUUGAUGGAAGGUUUAGAAGGUCCCAUUGUAGUUGAAUAGGUGUAUUUUACAAAUGUUUUAACCAAAUUCAGUGAAAUAUCUUGAAAAUCCUUAGACUUUAGGGUGCAGAUUGUAGCCAUGUUAUGAUGACAUUUCUUCCCACACAUGUCAGCCUGGCUUUCGGGUUGGGGGAAACUUAGGAGUGGGAACCAGUGGGUCAUCAUCUCAAACCUCAUGCAAGCCUAGCCUGUGAAUGUAAAAGAAGAACUAAUAUUAUAGACCUAUAUGAUGCAACUAUUAGGGAUGCAAUGAAUAUAAAAUAUAUACUUACUUAAAUUUAAAGUUUUUAAUACUUCAAAUACUGUCUAAAACCGUUAUUUCAAAAAAAAAAAUUAGUGUCAGAUAAUUAAUUUUUUAUAACACACAUCGAUGUCAAAUUUCAUGGUCUCUUGGAUGAAAUAUAUCAUAAUAAUAAGUGCCCACUGCAUUGUUUACAAUCCUUAGCAACAGUUUCUAAGCAUAACGUCUUCUAAAAUUAUUUAUGUAAAAAAAUAUUCGCAAAUUAUACAAUGAUUUUAUUUGCGUAGAUUCAUUUUAAAAUGGGUAGUAAAUACUUCAAUUAUGAUUAUUAAAUACAAUUGAAACCGAUAAAAUAAAAAUAAAAGUAAAAAAUCUAUAAAAAAUAUAGAAUGACGAAACACUCGAUUACUAACCUUCUAGUUUUAGUGACUAUAAUGGGCUAUAAAGGCAGAUUCUCAGCAAAAUCUAAAUCAAAGUCACUAGAUUUAGGUUCCCAACUAUCUUUCCCAGAUGUUUCAGAUAAAUUUGAUCAAUAUUUUCGUCAGUAGUAUUCAUUAUUUAAAAUUUUGGGCCGAGUCGAUUAGCGUCUUGCACAAAUUUUCCCAAAAUGACGAGUAACGCUUCGGCAUGUCACGUGAACCUCGAACUCGCAAAAAAAGUCAAUUUUUAUUUAAAAACUUUAAAUAUUUUUUUUUUAAAUAUUUUUCUUCCAAAUGUAUGAUAAAAUAGGUAUAGAACACUUAAAAAUUAAAAAAGAAAAUAUUUUAUUAGCGAAAAUAACCAACGUAUAUAGUUGUACGCUCUCUAUAUAAGAGGAAUGAAAAGAGUUAAUGUAGUUGUUUGAAAGAAAUAACAUACAGGUACUGAAUAUUGUGGGGUUUUUUGUUGUUGUUUUUUUGACAGACUAGAAAUGCAGUAUGAAGAUGAUCCUCUGGUUGAACCAUUCAAUGUGUACCUGCAAGUUUUCCUGAGUCAAGCUUUGGAACCCAAUUUUCUCUCAGCCAUUCUUGAAACCAGUGGUAAUUAUAUUGAGUGGGCAUGUAGCAUUGAUAGAUCUUUGUCUAUUUUAAACCCACCAAGUUACAGAAGGGUUUAAAUUCUGUCAUAAGAAUUUAACUAAUUGGGCUAAACUCAAAAUAUCAUAAAUCCUUCUUUUAAAAUAUUUGUGUCAAUUCAACAAAUUGAUGUUUUUCUUUGAAAAUUUAUUGUAAUUGCUUGAGAUUUGAUGGGAACUAGCAAGUCUUGUAUAUCAGGUUUUCAAGAUUCUCUGGCUGUAGAUUCAAACUACCUCUUCAGUCAUGUUUUUUUUUUAAAUCCCAUUUUAAUUUAGCUGUAAGGUUUUAUAAUAGACAUUGUAAUCUUUUAAUUUAAAACACAAAAAGAUUGAUUGCAAGUUUGUUGCAAUUUUGUAUUUAGCUAGGGAUCAUGUCAUAGACAUGUCAGUUUAAAACCUACUAUAGACAUGUCAUUUUGAAACCUAUGUUCUUGGUUUUAUUUCAGAGAAAUUUUAUGUGGAUGCUUUAAAUCAAAUAGACCAUAUGAUUGAAAACAAAUGUGAAGAAAUAACCAGACAGGCGCACUGGAAAGCUUCCUUCAAGGUGAGUACCUCAUUGCUGGGGAUGGUUGAUUAAAUAAUGCAAAUGAUGAGGCUAAUUAUGGAAUAAAUAAAGAUGUAUCUAAUCUAGUCUAAAUACAAUAAUUUAGAUAUAUUUAUUUAUUAUUUUGUUCUUAUCAGUUUUCAGUUAAAAACAAAUUAUAAUUAUGUAUUUGAAAUAAAAGUUAACUCUCUCUCUUUAUUUAUAUAUAUCUUUCUAUAAACACACAAACAUAUCUAUAAAUAUAUAUAUUUGUGAGUGUAGAAAGAUAGAUAUUUGGGGCCAUCCAUAAAUUAUGUCACGCAUCUGGAGGCAGGGAGGUGUCACAUUUUUGUGACGAGGUGUGUUUAAGCAGUAUGACCUCACAUGAAAAGCAGAGUAUUACAGUAAAAAAAUUCACAUAAUAACACUAAAUUACAUUUUUAACAUCAUUCUUUGAUACAACAAUUUUUUAAAAAAAUUUAAAACUGAAAGAAUCAAUACAGGUAUGCGAGGCCGUCACGGAGAAGGAGAAUAUGAGUGUAGUGAAAACUAGCAGUCGUGAGAAUUUAUGUCCAAAUAUGGAUUUGGGAGUCAUGAAAUUAGGACUGCCAUGUGAAGUGAAAUGGAAUGAAAAAUUGGGGGUUUUUCACACGCCCGCGCUUGAUUUUAGUAAAUGCUGGAGGGCAUGGAUUCUUAGCCUUUUUGCAGCACUGCAGUCCCCCCUCAGUUUUAAACAGACUGUUUAAAUUAUGUUGCAAUAAAAUUUCAAAUAUGAAAAUAAUAAUUUAGUUAUCAUCGUUUUAUUUCUUUAAUUAAUUUCCUAUUAGGGGGGGGGGGGACAAUACAAGUUUAAGCCCAAAACAGAAUCUCCAGAUUUACUGCUGCUAAUCGAAAUGAAUAUAAACAUUUUUGUUUAUUAAAGGCAGCAACAACUGGCAAUGGCAGUAAAUCUAAUUUUCUGGGUCACCUCUGGUUAAGAACAACAGUUCUAAAGAAAUGUUUCUGACAUAACCUUUCUAUUGACUGGUGGAUAUUUAUGGCUUCAACUGUUUGUGCUUUUUUUAUUUAGGAAUGUCUUCAUAGGUGCCCACUAAUGAAAGAAAUUGACCGUCCAAACCUUAAACAACCUUGUCAAGUAAGUUGAAGAUCUGCAAAUAAAAAACUUAAAUUUAAUCAUUAUUUUUAAAAAUUGAUUUCAGUCUCUGGCUGAGCUCAAAAUGGCACAAAGAAAAAAAAAUUAUCUGUCAUUGUCUAAAGAAAAUAUUAACUGUUAUCUCUUUAAAAAUAUAUAUUUAUAAUUUUCACCUCAUCUCUAAACUUUUAAAUUUUGUAUGCUGUCAUAAGGGAGUCAAAACUUUUAGAAAAGAAAGGCAUAGUAACUUCUGUAUCUUGUAACACAUAGUAUCAAUGAAACAAAACGUGAAGAAAAGGAGUUUAUUAUAGCUGUCUGAAUAAAUGAUCACUGAGAUCAGUCAAAUUAUUACUGUAAUUUUGAGUAAUGUAGAAUUUUUCUAUCUUCUAUAAAUGGACUAGAUAGACAAAAAUUGUUUCAAUUUGGAUGGGAUAUUGUAUUUCUUGAUGAAUUAACUUGACAGUUUUGUAAUUAAAUUAUUCUCUUUUGCUCUCCUAUCUAACACUCCAAGAAUAUGAUCUGUUCUAUUCCUCAGGCUAGUGAAAAUUCAAGUCCGCCAACCAUCAAAUCGGUACUGCUCAGUGGCCAACCCUAUGACAGAUUUUUAUUGGUUGAACAGCCAACUAUUGGCUUAGAUGUCGCUCAGGUUUGUUCUCUAGCCAAAUGGAUGUCACUUGCUCAAAUAUGGACUCAUUUUUUUUUCAAACAUUUAAGUUUUUUUAUUUUGUACUCAUGUACUCAUGUCUUUUUAAUCAAUUAUUUGAUUUGAUCCAAUAGAACUAACACAUGGAAUAUGGAAAAACAUAUUUUUAAAAAAAUGUCAUUACUCCUGGAAUUCAUGCGUGGUCACUUAUUUAAAAUUCUCCAGCUAGAUGUAACGUGUCAUUACACACAAAAUUUUGAAAGAAAUAUUCAUAUAUUUAAGAAGGUUAUAGUAGUUGCUGAUUUAUUCCCGUACCCGGUAGUUCAAACUUGACAUUGAAAUAUACAAAUUUUUUUAAUUGAAGGACAAUUUUUGAUCCAACGCCAAGUCUGUUGUGGGCUUCCGACCAGGGCAUUUUACCUCCUCCCAUUAAUGGGCCUAUUCUACCUGGCUAUUUACCCCAUGCCUGCCAACAACCAUGAAUGAAUUUUAACCCACUGCUUCUUGGCUGAAAAGAGGUUACUUUCGGGCCACGGGGGCCCAAUAAAAGUUAAUUGAAUGCAAAAGUUCAAUAGUCAUAGUUUUAGUGGAUAUUUAAAGAAUGAAAAAGAGAGUCCCUAAGAAUGCCAAUCAGCGCACAAGAAUUUAGAUUGGUGAAAGCUCCUCAAAAUUUUGUUUGAAACCCUGAGAUAAUUAACUCAUUCCCUCCUGCAAUGCUACUUCCGUAUUUAAUUUAUUUGCCUGAGAAAGGGAAGUAACCCCGUUUCGAAAUUGUUUACAUUUUUUAAAUAUUUAAGUAUUUAAGCUACUAAAUAUUAUUUAAUGUUAACCAAUUAAGAACAAAUGCAUCAAAGAAUGAAUAAGGUUUAAUAUAAAUAUAACAUUAGCGGGGAAAAAAUAAGGAACAAUGGCCAAAAAAUCGAUUUUCGGCACCUCGGACGAACACAUGCUACAUAUAGACGCGCCAUACUAAAGCACACGUAGUUUUAAAGUGAAACAAGAUAAAAACUUCCGGUUUUUAAAUUAAAAUCACGUUGAACCACGCCAUCGCCGGAAGUCUCGAGGGAUGCGAAAUUUCAUUGCUAUUUUUAAAUAGAUAUGAGAGAGGUGUGUCGCUAUGCGCCGGGACGCAUUUGGACGCAUCCGGCGAAAUCCGUAAAAGACUCAUUUAGUCGCAAAUGUCGGGAAUGAGUUAAGGGAUGAAUAAAUCAUAAAAGCAAUUUUCUUGCCAGAGAAUACAGAAACAAAGGAAGUAUUUAUAAAAAGAUUUAUUAUAUGAAUGAUAAAAUAAGAAAAUGACAACUCUUUAGAUGAUUAAACUUUUUAUUUGCAGGAAUUCAUGAUUGGUAAAGUAGCUGCUUACUAUGUGAGGACUUACCAUUCUCUGUACCAUUUCAAGUAUUGGCUACGUCAACGAUGUGAUGCUAAGGUAGAGCUUUUGAAAAAAUUUAUUGUGAACACUGGUAACAAUCAACAAGUUUCUCAAAUCAGGACAGAUCUGAAACAGCUUUUCUGAUAAGAUGGUGGUGAAAGCUUACAAAAUAUUCAGAAAAGGCAUUGGCAUCAGUUUAAUGUAUCACUUAACAAUAACCUUGUGACACAUUAAUUUUUUUUUCAACAAGAAAAUCAAUUUCAUUUGUGAUUUGAUGCUUAUUCUGAUAUAUUGAAAUGUUAUGUUAUUAGGUAAAAAUGAUGAAGGAAAGCAACAAGAAUGAGAACCUUUCAGAUGAGGUUAUCCUAGAGAAGUGCUUGGAGAACACUAGUUGGGUUUUACAGGUAAUUGAUCCUUUUUUUAAACAAACUGUUCAUUUAGUCAACUUGCUUAUUAUUGUAAUAUUAAUUAUUUUGCUCUUGAUUCAUUUUUGUAUGUUUUUAUUUACCUAAAUCUUUUAAUAUUUUUUUUCCCCAGCUUUUUGACAACUUGAAAAAUUUGCUCAAAUAUGGUGGCGAGGCACCCAGAUAGAAAUAUCAUGCUGCUGCAGAGUCUUAUGAUGAUGUCAAAGUGUUGACAAAUGAUAUCAGAUGUCAUGAAGCCUCAUCCGCUCAAAGUUAAAAAUGAUCACUAAGCAGACUAAGCUGCUAUAAUAUAGCAAUCCUUUCUGAGAGGAGUCACUGAAAGCCUCAAUUCGAAAUGAAAGUCCUCUAUGGCCACCCAGUCUUUUUGUGGCUUCAGUCUUAAAUGUUAAACUCAUUUUAAACCAUACCAUUAAACCACAUCCUCUACAGACAUGGAAUAGCCUUCAAAAAGGAUGUCUAUGUGCCUGAUUGGGAAACCAUUUUCAAGGAUGAUUUCCCUCUGCUACAUUUUUUUUUUGUUUAGUCAAUGUACAGAACCAGAUGAUGGAUACCACACUUCUAUUUAGUUGAUUAUUGAAAGUAAUUGUGAUGUAAAACAUAACUUUUGUGUAUUUACUCUCCAAGCCUAUUUUGUGAUAUUGUGCAUUUUAGUUGUCCUCAAUCCUGGGGUUGGCAGAAGAAAUGUUUUUAUUUUUGGUUUUUCUACUUGUAUAACCCACCCUAAAAAUGCUUUCAUGUAGAAAAUGUCUGUAUUAGAUGAAGCAUUCUCUUUAAAAAAAAAGGUUGUUUUAUAACUAUGAAACUGUUC